AUGAAAACUGAAGUAAUUUUUAAAAAGCAUUUAUCUGAUUUUAAAAAAGUUGACACAUCAAAAUACACACAAAUUUAUAUUAAUAAAGAAGUAGAUGAUAAGACUACAAAGCUUUCACUAUCUAAAUAUUCAGGAGAUAUCCUUUAUAUUCUUAGUAAUAAAGACUUAGAAGAUGUUAAUGAUUAUUUUAAACAAGAAACAAUUGUAGAAUCUCCAAACUUACCAGAAAAGAAAAUUAAUGUUAAGAAAAGCAAACAGGGCAACUUAUUUAAUUUUUUAAAGAAGAAAUAA